CAGUCAACUAUCUCAGUGAGCUCCAGAAACAAAGCGGUAUUUAUACAUCAGGUCCUCCAUCAACUUCAAGCGUUCCACUGUUGUCUUCUACAGCCACUCCAAAAACAACUACUGGUUCAGCUAUGGUGCAGGCCAGAGUGGUCUUCAACUCCUUCACUCCGGUUCCCAGUGAGAGUUUGGCCCUCAGUGCCAUCACAUCGUUGCUGAGUUCUCGAUUCACAAAUCUCACUGAUACCCUAAAAGUGCUGAAUGUGACAUACCAGAGAAUUUCAAACACCUCCUAUGCACUGAUCUUCGAAAUCAGCCUCAGUAAUAUUAGCAUUCCGGAGAACCCUGAAAUUUGGAAUGACACCUACACUCAAGUGGAAAACGCCAUCAAUAAUGUUCUAAACACACUUCUCAAUGCACCUGGCGCAGAUCUGUUUGCAGCCAUCUCCUCCAACUUCAUGAGUUUAGAUAACUUACUUGAAGGUGACAUGGAGUACAGCUUCCAAGCUGGUGAUUCUUAUAUUCCAAUCAGUUUCCUCAGUCAGCUAAGCCUUAUAACUGGUUCAGCUGUGGUCCAGGCAAAACUGAUGUUUAACUCCUCCUUUUUGGCUCUCAGUGAAAAUCUGGUCUUCAGUGCUAUAACAUAUCUGCUGAACACUCGAAUCAGAAAUUUUGGUGACACAGUAAAUGUCUUGAACUUCACUUAUGAGAAUAGUUCAGACACAUCCUGUGCAAUCAUAUUCACAAUCAGCAUCAGUGGAAUCCACAUGCCAGAGAACCCUGAUCUCAGGAAUGACACCUACAACCAAGUGGCAAGCAUCAUCAAUAAUGUACUUAACCUAAUCCUGGCUGAGCCAAUGAAUUCUUCUUUGCAUCCUCAAGAAGCCGAAUUCAUGAGCAUAUUUAAUCUGAGUGUGGGGAAAAUGCUGUACAGUUUCCAAGAGGAAAACAUUACAAAAUUAACCAACUUUAUCAAUCUUUUAAAUGCAUAUGGUAUGGCAGCAAACAUCUCUGCAGCGAGCACUUCACCUCCAUCUUUAAUGGGAACUGUUUUGAUUUAUAUCCGUCUUGUUUUUAAAAACUUGACCAAUGUUCCGAGUCAGGCUGAUGUUAUUAAAGCUGCCAAUGCUUUACUGGAUUCAAGUGUCAGAUUAGCACGAGAUACUGAAACUGUAAAAGUGUUUAAUCCUGUCAGCAUACAGGAUGUCACCUAUCAGAAAUUGGGCAAUAACUCAUACAUUAUCGGCUUUGGAUUUGCAAUUAUGAAUGUAAGCAUUGCUUUGAACACUGAUCUACGGAACGAUACAUAUGAUUUAAUCCAAAAUACAAUCAACGGCCUGCUUAACAGAAUUCUGAAUUCCCCAAAUUCUAAACCAUUUAUCUUCCCACGAGCAAACUAUAUGGGUAAUUCUACCAUGAUUGUAGCUGAUUCAGAAUAUGUCUUUUCACAAGGUGGUUCAGAUGGGCUGAGAUUUGAACCAAGUGGAUUUCUUGCUCAGAUACUCAUAGUUAGUGGCCUGAGUGACCCACCCUCUCCUACCUUAGCACCCAUUACCAUUGUGACGGAGUUUUUACCAAUCUCAGUUGAGGGAGGGCUUCCAGAAUGGGCACUGGCCAUCAUUAUCCCCUGCACUGUAGCUAUAAUACUUAUACCAUGCUGGAUUUUAAUCUGUUGUCUGCUGUGUGGCUGUUGUGCUGCCUUAAGGAGACGUUACAGUCGAAGAAGGUCCUACAAUGUACAGUACACAACACGGAAUGGACUCUUUUAAAAGACAGACUAAAAGAUGCCAGCCUGCACCCCAGCCCCCUGAAAAAAAGAGAAAAACACAAAUUACUAAUAGAUCUAAAAACAAAAACAUAUAGAGAGUAUAAUUUAUAUAUGUAACUGAUUUAUACUUUCCAUUUUAAUUAAUUAUUUCUACAAAAUCAGUACAUUUUCCAAAUCUUUGUAAACACAUAUACUAUGAAAACAUGUAUUUUUCUAGGCACUUGUGACAAUAAUUAAAAAUUACAUUCAAGGCCCUAUGGAAAAUUUCAUUUGAGGCCCCUUACAAACACACACACACACACACACACACACACACAGUCACAUACCCUGGCCUUCUUUCUUCCACAAACAAAUAAA